CGCGACAGACCCGGUCAGACCAGCGCGCCGCGCGCCACAGAAGCCCCGAGACCGGCAGCGGAGGUCGCGGGGACAGGUGGCGGUGGCCGUGGUUCUCUGCAGGUUCAGACACGGCCCUGAGUGCUGUGUCACAUACCUGCAGGCGGUGUCCUUUGGCUCGCCUCGGACGGAGGAGGACUGUGUGCUGCGUGGAUUGUGACUGUGGGGCGGGACGUGCACAGAGUGGGCUGCUGAGGCUGGACAGGUCGGAAUGUGCUGCUAAGCCACCGCGCGACUGCCAUGGACGUCCAUAGACCACCACUUCUCGUCAUCUGUGUGGCGCUGUUUGGAGCGGCUGCCGUCCAGGGUGCCGGCUACAGCACGCCGCGGGCUGCGGCGCUGGACCAGCAGCAGACAGAGGUGUCGCCGGUGCGUCUGGAGAUCACGGUGCCGGUGGCGGCCGACCAGCUGGUCCGGCUGGCCGCCGGCUCCAGCCCGGACGUCUGGAGGGCGGUGCUCGAGCAGACCCCGGACGCGGCGCGGCGCUCCCUGCUCGCUCAGCUGCGGGCCCGCCGCCGGUCGCAGUCCGGUGACCCGCACCGGGCCCGGUCACAGAGGUCACGGCACCGGGGGCACCGGCAGAGGGCCCGGGGCGGCGGCCUGGCCGCGCGGCUCUCCUCCUACCCGGGGAUAGCGGCCGAUACCUCCAGCCGGCGGAGCUACUCCACCCUGGAGAGGCACUCGGACGGCCGGCGGCGCGUCUCCUCUGGGUCGAGUCGGCCAGAGGCCCAGUCGACCCACCAGUGGUCGGCGGGGUACCGGGAGGACACGGACACUCCGAGCGGGACGGCGCCGUCCCCGGGCGGACAUCACACCGGCGGGGCGCACCAGGCAGCCGGUCCCGCCGACCACUGGGGGUCACCGGCAGCGACCACCUACCGGCCUGGGCUUCCACAGGUCACCAGCUACCGCCCGAGGGCGCCAGAGGUCACCAGCUACCGCCCGAGGGCGCCGGAGGUCACCACCUACCGCCCGAGGUCACCAGAGGUCACCACCUACCGCCCGAGGACGCCAGAGGUCACCACCUACCGACCAGAGGGGUCGGGCGGGCGGCGCGCCCGGGCCAAGUUGACCACCUUCGGGCCGGCGCAAACCGACCCUCUCGGAGUGUCCUCGGCGGGAUACGGUCCACCCCGUCCAGGGGCGGCUCCAGGUCACUCUGCAGAGCGGGAGUGGGACCGGAGCUCCGGACCCAGCCGGGAGCGGACACAGGACUCGGGACCCAGCUGGGACCGAGACUGGGACUCGGGACCCAGCUGGGACCAGAAGGACCACUACGAGGAGGGACUCGAAUGGCUGAAGGACGUGGUACCAGGUGUGCCCGGAGACGACUACCCGAUCCUGGCCGAGAUCCCCGAGACGGACUUCUCGUGCGCCGGCCGGCCCCAGGGCUACUUCUCGGACGUCUUGGCCAGGUGUCAGGUAUACCACGUGUGUCACGGGACGUUCCAAAAGAGCUCCUUCAUCUGCCCGAACGGUACCGUGUUCAGCCAGCCGCUGGCCACCUGUGACUGGUGGUUCAACACGGAGUGCUCGGACGGCCUGCCGCUGCCCAGCUCCACGUUCAGGGUAGGGGCGCCGACCACCUCCACGUUCAGGGUGAGUCGGCAGGUGUCGCAGCACAUGUUCGAGCACGACUGGGUGGACGACUACGAGGACUCUGACGUCACCGACUCUGACGUCAUCAGCCAUGACGUCACCGACCCUGAUCGGUCGUCGGGGGCACGCGGUGGGCCCGGAGCCCUCCAUAACACCCCACGGACGGCGCAGCACAGAGCCACAGAUAGGGUGCCGGUCCCCGCCGAUCGCAGCGCCCCUAGCGGCGACCGCAGCGCUCCUAGCGGUGGUGACCGCAGCGCCCCUAGCGGUGGCGACCGCAGCGCCUCUGGCGGCGACCGCAGUCCCCCAGCUAACGGCGUCACCUGGCGGUCUCCGUUCGCUGGCCAGCCCCUGUCCGGCUCAACCGAGGCGUACCGCCGCCCUGAGCGACACUUGGCGGCCGUUGCGGCGCCUCCAGAAGAGCGGCCAGGUACCGUCACUGCGGCAAGGCACGAGCGCGGCGAAACGUCCGUGAAACAGGGCAGAGACGGAGCCGGAGCCGGAGCUGAUGCCAGCACGGGAGCCGGCGCCGGCGCGCCGCCGUUCGUGGUGCGGGUCAGCUACGGCGGCGGCGGCGGCCGCACCACCAGCGAGCUCCAGUUCGGCCCGCGGGCGGCGCGCAGCUUCCUGAGCAGGGCGCAGCUGCGCGGCUGGAGUUUCCCGUCCGGCGGGAGCGCCGGUACGGAGCCGGCCCGGGGCCCUGUGACACAGACGGCGCGCGUGGCUCGGCACCUGGCUGAGGCCGGCCGGCCGCGGACCGGCGCCGGCCGGCGGCUCCAGGCCGGCGGCGUGUCUCCGAGACCGUCCCCCGACCACCGACCCCCGUCCACGCGCCGGUCUGUGGUCCAGCCGGCGCCGGGCGGCCCAGAGACCCGAGUCCACCCACCCACAGACGCACGCGCCGGGCCGGCGGCAGAGAGACGAGCGGGGCAGAGGGAGGAGCGGGACGGGAGCGUCCACUGGGGGACCACCAUCCCCUCCGUGGCACAGGAGGAGACCCCGCCCGAGGAGGCACCCAGACACAGACGGCGGGGCGGCCGAGAGCAGUUCCACAACUCGCCGACAGAUGUCACUAGCAGUACCACCGGCCGCAGUGAGCGGCUCGCCGACGGCCCGGCGGAAUACGAUGAUCUCCUCAGCAGCGCGUCGUUCCGCAGUUUUGGUCUGCGGAUUCCCAGCGGGCCGUCGCCUGAGGACCGACACCACAGGACCGUCUAGCGGACCGCCGGGCCGUUUCGGCUAAAGCUGUUUGUGGUCCGUCCAUUCCGCGAGCGCAGAAUGGCGGCCGUAAAACGUUAUUGUUGUUGCAUAAUGCAUAAGGGUACGGCCAUGUGCGAGUGCUGGCCGUUGUGGGAGCACCGCUGGCGGUCGGUGUGCUCCAGUGUGGUGUGGCGGCCCUCCGCUCGUUAGGAGCCUGUGUACUUAUCAGCUGUGCUCCGGCGUGGUGUCCCGGCCCUCCGCUCCAGUCAGGGGCGGCCGGGACCUGCUCAUGGGCGCGGGUCUGCCCACAUACUCUGCCUGCCGAGAGCCAUAUAACAUGGAGCUGUCUCUGUCCAUCAUCCAUAGUCUUGCGACAAUUGUUAGUGGAUGGGUAUAUCUGGUUUAUGUGAGUGACCUUCUAAGUAGUUAUCCGCUGUUUUGGAGCACAAAAUGUACCAAAUAAACCAAGAUGAAAAUGUGCCGGUACCUGCUGAAUCACACUUGCCAGUCUGUGACAGUGUGACAUGGCACCCGUGCAAUAAACUAUCGAAUUAAUGA